AUGGCUUUUUCCGUAUUUACCGCGCAUGCGUUCGGCGAAUAUUAUUUAUCGAUUGGUAUAUGCAUUGGACUCGGUGUCGCGUAUUCAAUUAAAGCGUUGAUUGGGUAUGCAGGUCUUGUAGGUGCGAUCACGGAUUAUGAUUUACUAAAAGAGCUGUGUACCGAUGAACUUACCGAACAGAAGGAAAAUGGAACUGAUAUAGAUCCAACUAAGUCUUGGACACAGACUUGGCAGAAACGUAGUUUGCUUGUUAGAGAGCCUCAACCUUUUAUCAUUGAUAAGAGAGAUGUCUUGUUAUUUGCCCGCGAUUUCGGAAAUUCUACUAUCACUCAUGCUAGUCCUUCUUCAACACAAAUGAAUUACACUGCUAGUAAUAAUGGCAACAGCACAUUAACAAAGGAUGAUCUAGAAGAUGUUGAUAACGUAUGUACAAAGUUUAUCCGAUGGUUUACUUAUCCAUUGACAACUCUUUCUCAAAUCGUUGGAAUUUUAUUUACGGUUUAUUUUGCGAUUAUAGUAUCACGUUACGUUAAACGGCUUAAACAAGAAGCCAACUUUUACGAAAUUAAAAAAAGUAUAGAGGCUGAUACGCAUGCCGGUCGUGGUAGAUCCCCAUUAAGUCGACUUUCGGGUGAUAGCGAUGGAAGCGCCGAAUUGGAUAACGAAAAAAAUUCUUCUUCUUCCUCCUCAUAUGGUCGUCGUGGGCCUGGUUCAAGCUUUCAGGGAUCCUCGAGCGUGUUUAACGAAGACGACCUUCUCGAGACGGAUAACCCCAUAACAAAUUUUCUUCGCGAAGAAUUACUUACGCCAGAGAAACGAAAUGGAAAUUUCCAAAUUGUUGGCGUGACUGCGGCAUUUGGCUUGGUCAUUGCGUUUCUGCGAAAUUUUGGUGAUUUGUUGGCUGUUUGA